AUGAGGGGUGGCCGAAGAAUCUUGGAAGUGUUCAGGUAAGUGAUUCGCGACUCACUCUGUACCUGGCUGAGUGCUGUCCAAGAGCUGACCCCGUCCGGUAAAAGUUCAGCAGGCACUUUCAAGCAGCUAUGGAGCUUCCAGUCGUUCCGUGCCUGCUGAGAAUCCGAUGUUCACAUUUCGCCAACUGCACUGCCGGCCUCCCGGGCAACGCCGCUCGCUUGCAGGGCUGACUGGCCAACCGCACAUUGUCGCCGCAUCGCCAAUGCCAUCUCAAGCCACGCCGGCGGACUUCUUCAGAGAUGUAAGUCGAAUACCCAUGCGUGUUUCAAUCAAAGGAUCGUGCAACGCUGACCAGGGCAGACGAUAGUAUAUACCCCAGCUAUCAUCACCCUCGCCUAUGACCUUCUCACAUCGGCGCCAUCGCAGAUCCUUUCGGCUGUCAGGUCUACAAGUACUCAUUCGCUCGGAUGCGGACCUUGCCGAACGCCUUUUCCCACCCUCCUCGAGCGACGCUCGAUGUUGAAGUACAACAAGCACACUGGAUUCGAAUGGACAGCUCAUCACUGA